AUGCCUUCAAUCGCAGAUCAACCACCACCAUCUCCCUCGCAGAGCAAAAAGCCAUGGAUUGAGACUCCCCUGAUUGAGUCUGCUCCGCUUUCGAAAGCGGCUGGAUGUAGAAUAUUCUUGAAAUUGGAGCUGCUACAGCCGUCGGGGAGUUUCAAGUCACGAGGCAUCGGCAAUUUGAUCCUCGCGCAUCUGUCCGACCCCUCCAGCCAAGGCAAAAAGCUCCACUUCUACAGCUCUUCGGGAGGAAAUGCAGGUUUGGCCGCCGUCAUUGCCGCGCGCGACCUGGGCUGUCCGUGUACGGUGGUCGUCCCGAUGACCACGAAGCCGAUGAUGGUCCAGAAGCUGCGCGAUGCCGGCGCCACGGACGUGAUCCAGCACGGCGCCAGCUGGUAUGAGGCCGACACCUACCUCCGCGAGAACUUCAUCGAGGUCCCCGGACAGAAGCAGACAAAUUCGAAGGGCGAGCAGCAAGGCGCUCCUGACGUGUCCGUCACGUCCAAUGAGCAGGUCAAGAACGUCUAUGUGCCCCCUUUCGACCACCCGCAUAUCUGGGAAGGCAACUCGACCAUGGUCCCGGAGCUGGUCGCCCAGCUUCCUCCUCGAGAGGACGGAGAUUCAACGAAAUUCCCCGCCGAUGUGAUCGUCUGCAGCGUCGGCGGAGGCGGCCUCUUCAACGGCAUCAUCCGCGGUCUGGAGGAGCAUAUCCGCAAACAGCAGCAACAGCAACAACAAGUCCAGGAUGGCCCCGCCUCCGCUGAGAAAAAAGUGCAAGUCCUAGCCGUCGAGACCAAAGGCGCCGACUCGCUUGCCUAUGCCCUGGAGAAGGGCUCACUCCAGUCCCUCCCAGCCAUCACAUCGAUGGCAACGUCGCUGGGCGCGCUGCGCGUCGCUGCACAAACCUUCAAGAACGCCAGUUCCCCGCCGCCGGGGAUCGAAGUCACCAGCGUCGUGGCCUCCGACGCCGAAGCCGCGAGGGGCGUCGUGCAACUGGCAGAGGACAGUCGACUGAUAGUCGAGCUGGCGUGCGGGGUCUCCGUCGACGUGGCGACCAGUGUGCGACUCAAGGAGGUCGUUAAAAAUCUGAAUCCGAACACCCGUGUCGUCGUGAUCGUCUGCGGCGGGAGCAAUAUCACGCCGGAGAUGGUGGGCGAGUAUCGGCACCGGCUCAAGUAUGGAUGGGAUAAUGUUCCGAGGAUGGAUGAUGAGAAGUAG